UUUGUCAAUUUGACACUGUCGUCAAGUCAGAGGGUUUGAUUUUGUGGUUGGUGUUGUUUACUUGUGUUGUAAGAACGGUGGUUCCAAUUAAAAAUUCAGUAGCGAUAAUUGACCAGUUGCUUUCAAUUCUAACGAUCAAAAUUAAUUUGAGUAAUUUCGGAAUGAAUUCAACUGGCUCAUAUUAGGCCCCCAGUUACGGGUCUGGAAAAGUAGUACUUUACGUACGUCUUUUUGUAUUGUGAAAGUGCUGUGCGCUACUACGAUGUCGUCUCACGAAAAUGAAAUCAAAGACCUCCGAGAAAAAAACAAUGAGUUGGUUCAGAAGGUGCAAUAUUGGAAGAUUACUGCAGCACAGAGAGAGACUGAAAAAUUGGAGUUGAUGAAAGAAAAUAAUGAGUUAAGGCUGAAACUUAGUAGAAUAAGGAGUGGUGGUGCAGCACAAGCCCGGAAGCUAGAUGCUGCAUUACAAGCUGCCAGUGAAGAGGCUCUCUCCCAUCUCGUCCAAGCAUCAGGUGCUGUUGCACAGACCUUAGAACUUGCAAAAACAUACAUUAGGGACAGGCAAGAACUGGACAAUGAAACACCACGCUGGAGCAAUAUCAGUGGCAACUCCAAUGCAGAUAGAGUCCAUCGAGUGCCUCCGUUGAUGAUGGGAGGCAUGUCCAUUCAGCCCGUUGUGUCACUUAGUAGGACUGUGCUCAACACAAGUAAUUCAAGAUCAGUGGCAUCUAGGAGUCCACAACAAAAUAGAAGUAUUACAGAGAGGGCUGUUCCAUUGCGUAUGUUGCAAGAUGUUUACAUACCUCUAACUAGAAUAGAUGCAAAUGACUUACCGGGUAACAAUGUAGAGACUGAUGAGACGAGUAACAUUGAAGAUAGCACAGAUGAUUUGGGCCUUGAUGAUAGCAAUGAAAGGACACUUGAAGAAUCUCACAAUAUAACAGAGGAAGAUUUUGAAUCAUCUGGAAGAUUGGAUGCGGUCACAGAAGAAUUGGAACCAGAGGAUGAAAUGCCAAUGGCGUCCCCACCAUCGAGGAAUAGUAUAGAAAAUCCAUUGGAGGGACCUAGUUGGUUGUUGGACAUACCAGACAACAGGAAGGAGUCCCCCGGAACGGCAGGCCGCAGCACCCUGGAGCCCGACUCUACUACCGAGCCCGAUGAGACGCAUGCGCAGAAGUCGCCUGUGGCUACAACGAGUGCAAUUAGCGACGCGGGAGCGAGCUCUCGCGUUAAUGUGUGCCCGCCGACGCUCUCAGUACAGUUGUCACCCACCGUGCGACAGUUGUCACCCACCGUGCGACACUUCUCACCCACCGUGCGACGUAGGAAACGUACAUCCUCGCCGCCGCAGAUGGACUCGUCAAGAAUAAACUCGCCAAGGAUAGAUUCGCCGCCAACGCAGUCGCCGCGACUCGCUCAGCGGAGACCGAGCAAUAUAAGCGGCCGCGUCCUAAAAGUGGUACUGGCCAAGAUGCGUCUCGACGCGGGGGGCGGUCCGGGCGACGGGUCGGGCGACGCGUCGAGCGACGGGUCGUGCGACGCGUCCCCGCCCAAGCGAGUGCAGCGCGGGACUCCCCCGCCCGCGAGACAUAAGCAGAUGCGGUUCGACGCGCCCAGCCCCAACGGGACCACGGACGCGGGGGUCAUCGUGUCCGAAGCAUUACAAGAGGAGAGGGGCCUGAAUGGUAGCGGCGACGGGAGCGUUGACGUUGACGCCGCGACCGGAAGUGGCGUGAACACAAGCAGUCGUAGACGCGACACGACGCGCGACACCAACCGCGACAAUCGCAGCGACAGCGCCUCGUCGCGCGACAGCCACGACAGCGUCACCGAGCCGGCCGAGGGGCGCUCCAGGCGGGCCAAGAAACCCAUAAUAUACAAGGAAAAGCCUCUAAACAGAAAAAUGCGGAGGUGAUCCUUUGUAUCAUCGAUGAAUGGCGUGUUCACAUACGGAGUGAAUUUGUUCUGUAAGGGAAAUCAUGAUCAGUGGAUUUAGUAGAAUAUUUUACGGCAGAGCGAUAUAAUUUUGGAUUUCUAAAUAAGUUGAAUGGGCCCGGCUUAGGUAUAUUUUUUUUUACUUAAAACUUACAGCAGCCUGUCCUUUUCAUUCCCUAUAGAGGUUAAUGAGAUAUACAACAGUGAAGUAUAAUUUAAGGAGCUGGCGAACAAGACUCGAGAGGAGCUCGAUGGCGCAAGUGGUUAGCGCGUUCGGCUGCGAUCGUUGAAGUUAAGCAACUUUCGCAGUGGUCGGUCAUUGGAUGGGUGACCAAAAAUUACUAACUUUUGCCCCUCCGUGCUUCGGAAGGCACGUUAAGCCGUUGGUCCCGGCUGCAUCUGCAGUCGUUAGCGCCCACCAAUCCGCACUGGGCCCGCGUUGUGGGUCAUGGCCCAAUCUCCCUAUUCCUUCCAUAGGGAAGGCCUGUGCCCCAGCGGUGGGGACAUUAAUAGGCUGAUGAUGAUGAUGAUGAUUUGUAUAUUUAUAUAGAAAUAUACAUAAACAUCCAUGCCUUAGGUACAAAUGCUCGUAUUCAUCAUACAAACAUUUGCUACCACUGGGAUGCGAACUCAGGUCCUCACCAGUUCCUUCCAUCCGUAGGGAAGGCCUGUGCCCCAGCAGUGGGGACAUUAAUAGGCUGAUGAUGAUGAUGAACAUUUAUAUGCCACACGCAAUCAAUUUUUCCUUACAGUAUACUAAUCACCCACCGUAUGCACAGAAAAUUGUGUUUGGUAAUGUUAUUGUACCUGUCACCCUAUAAAGACUGCAUUGUUUUGUCUUGUUUGUUUGACUUAUAGAAUAAGAUCCUAAGGCCGAUGGACCUUACUUAUUUUCAAAUGGCAGAAAUUACACACCUGUGCCCUUUUAAUAAUUGGAAAUUGGCCCACAGCACAAGUGAGCGAGUAUGUAUACGUUCAUUGUACACAAUAAUGCUAUUCGAUUAUAUGUCUAUAAAAAAAUAAGUAAAGUCUGAAAGCCUUGGGUACUUGAAGUUAUGGCUAUUUCGAAUUCCUGUCUCCAGCAAUGGAUAUAUCAUAUCCUAGUUUAGUUACAAAUUUUAACAUUAUUAUUAUUAUUGUUCGAUAAUUAGAAAAAAUAUUUUAAGCUUUGGCAAGCUCCUUUUACGUGCGAGCGGUUUUUGAACGGCCGUAACAAUGUUAGUAUAAAGCAUUGAUUUUGUCAAGUGUUAUGUAUGUCUGUACUGUUCAAACCACCAUUUUAUUUUUUAAAUUUGUAUUUUUAUAGCACCAAAAUUAUGGUUUAUUAUUCAAUAGGUGAUUUUACACAGAUUAUGUACUGAUUUUAAAAGCAUAGGUUAUGUGAAAUUCAUUUAGAGUAUCGGAAGAAUUGUUAAUCCUAGAUGUAAUCUAUGAUAAGUUUUGAUAUACCUGUUCUUAGUAUUGUUUAUAGGUGUUUAUUGAACUUUUUAGCUAUUACAAUUGUAAUUUAUAAAAAUGUAGACAGAUAAAGAGUCUCAUGAAGUCUGAUUUUGAGCUUUAUUUGCAUGGCAGAGUUGAUCUAAAGCUGUCUGUACAAUCAGCAGUCAUUGCCAUCCGUGGCCCUACAAUCCUACAUUACUAGAACCCAAAUAUUUGAUCAAUCGCUUUAUAGGAGUUGUCAGAAAAAUAUUAGCCAGUUUGUCAGCCCACCGCCUCAGUUUCUCAAAAUAAUGAUUUCAUUAUUGCUGGCUGUUUUUUUUUGUAUCUGCUCAAUUGAAGUAUAAAAAUAAGUAGACUCCCAAUCGCCUAAGAAAAGUGUAUCGAAAACGUCAGAACGGCGCUGUGUUAUAUAAAUACAUUAAGGUAUACAGACAACAUUAAUACAAUUGUUCAAAUUUAACGUCACGUCGUGGCAGUCAGAUUCAAUGUCAAUAGUAUACGAGAGAGAAAAAUUCAAAUUAUAAAUUAAUUAUGUAUUUAAAAUUUUAAUUUUAUAUUGCAAGUGAUGAACUUUCAAAUAGAAUUUUCACACGAUUUCACAUGAAGCGCGGGGCUAACUUGGGGAGCGAUAUUUCGUUGUAGCUAUUAAAAUGUAUUCGAUAUCGAUUUUGGCAAGAAUAUCUAAACUUGAAACUAAAUUUAACAUCAGUCUCUCUUUUUCAUUCUGUAUAGAGAAUGACAAGGAUACACUGUUGUCAAAUUUAAGUUUAGGUUUGGAGAAGCAUGCCAGAAUCGACACCAUUACCUAAUUAGCAAUACGACAAAAAACGCCAUCCUAGAACCUAGUACCUGAAAUAAGACACUAUGUUUUUUAGGUGUGGAUCAGUACCCCUAGUACGAGUUCGAGCUCUCGAAAACUAUCAUAGUUUUCGUAAUUGUAAAUUAUGUUUCUGUGUCCAUUUUGGUGAAAAGUAACCAAAUAUAACUUGCAAAUGAUUUAGUGAUAGAAUUUAAACACUGUUUUGUAUUGAAACGAAAACAAUAAACUUAGUACCCUUAGUACGAUUUAGAAAACUAUCAAAGUUUUGCAGUAUUUAACCGUACAUUUUGUCAUUGCGAGGCGUUGUAAUAAAAGUGCGGUCGAGACAUGACUUCCGACACCUUUCUAGCGUGAUUGUGUGUCUAUUAGUUUUUAUACGUCUGCUUGGAGAAGUAUAUCUACAUCUAAAUUAUAACUUUGACAUGAUCGUCUUUGUUUUAAACUUUCAUGGUCACUAAGGUUGCUUUCCAAUUACAGCAUUAUUGCGCAUUAUGCGGCAUAAUGCAUAACGUUGAGUGUUCCAACUACAGCAACUGAGCACUCUCAAAAGUGAUGCUUGCGUGUGAUGCGUGCAAUGGUACAAACUUAGAGAAAGAAAAUUAACAAGUGUCUUUAAGUUGGCAUUGAUCGAAAUGUUUUAUUUAUAUGUUAUCGUUAGUAAUAUUAUUUAUUGUUGAAAAAUUAUUAAAGCUUUCGUUUCAUUAAAUAGUUUUUUUUUUAAAUAAUCAAAGUUCAUUCAAACUGUUAAAAAAUAAAUAUAAGUAUGGAUGAAGGUACAAAUAUUGACUUUUUUUUUCAACACUGAACUUAGCGCACUCUGCUGGUGCAUUUGAAAACUAAUUCACGUUCCAAUUAAGCAUCAGCAUAAUUGGGCAUUGUGCGGCACUGAGUCGCAUUAUGCUCUGUAAUUGGAAAGCAUACUAAUAUUAUAGUAAUAUAAGUUAUUUACGGGAUUGUUACCCUGUACCUUGUUUUUAGCGAGAUUCCGAUAUUUCGGCACUGUUGCAAGCGCCAUAACUGUCUCCGCGCGCGUUCUAGGUGUUUUAUUAAUUGAGACGUAUCCGGCCCAUACCGGUUAACAAUAUAUUUAGAUAAGUUACUCCGCGACCAUGGCGCUUGCAACAGUGCCGAAAUAUCGGAAUCUCGCUAAAAACAAGGUACAUGGUAACAAUCCCGCAAAUAACUUAUAUUACUAUAAUGAUCGUCUUUGUUACCAAUUUUGUGUCUAGUGACACUGCUGUAGACAGCGUACUCGCCAAAGAAGAUUAAAAUGAAUAAAGAAAAAAAUCAAAUUAUCCUUUAUAUUUCCCGAUUAAUUCUCACAGCUAAGCUUGUUUUGGAAUAAGAGUGAAGCUGGCUACAAACUAUACCGCAUUACCUAUUUUCAAACGUAAUUAGAGUUCACCGUGAAGUUAGCUAUUGCAAUAAACGAAUCUGCCAAUCUCACCUCUUCCGUGGAGCUUGGGGUCUACCGUGUUACUUCACUGAUAUUAACUUCUUGUAAAUUAUGGCAUUUGAAAUCCAUUUUGAUUGACGGAAAUGAUCAAGUAACAAGCUAUAUAGAUUUUAUAUUACCUAAUGUAAAAUUCAUUGAAGCUUUAAAGCUAUACGUAUAGUAAAUAAUAUUAUUAUUUCUGGAUAUACAGGGUGGAAAUUUUGAAUGCCACCCCCAGGGGAAGUACUCUAAAUACUGGAGAUAGAUAAUUUUACUCAAAGGAAACAUUCCUUUAUUUUUGAAAAGAAACACAACUGCAUUCACAGUUUUUCGAAAAUUUGAUUGCCACACACGGGAAUCGAACUGGCAAAAAUUCGAAAAAAUGACACCUGUAUUUUUAUGGCAUCGAUCGAUAGACCUGAGACUGGUACCUUACUGGACUCUUUAGUCUGCAUUUUAGACAUGUGCAAAAAAUUCGUUAUUCGUUAUUUGAAUGAAUAAAUGACGUCGAUAGUCUUGUUCCAUUCAGUUAAGUUAAGAUUUCACGCUUUUCCUUCCAUUUAAUGUACUAAAUUAGUUAGUAAGAUAUGAUCCCUUUGAUUGAUUAUAUCGAUCGAUGCCAUAAAAAUACAGGGUGUAAGUUUUUCGAAUUUUCGCUAGUUCGAUUCCCGGGUGUGGCAAGCAAAUUUUCGAAAAUCUGUGAAUGAAUUUGUGUUUUCUUUUUAAAAUAAAGGAAUGUUUCCUGGGAGUAAAUUUAUCUAUCUCCAGUAUUUAGAGUGCUUCCCCUGGGGGUGGCAUUCAAAAUUUCCACCCUGUAUACUCAUAAUAAAAAGCUUUCCCUUGCGUUACUAUUGAAUGGAGUGAUAUCGUUCUUUGGCGAGUAUGUUGAAGGAAGUUUCUUGUUAACAGUACCCUUAGCACUAACUAAUAUUGAAUUCGAAUAGUAGAAUUUGAUCUCGAUGCGCGUCAAUUGUCAAGAUUUUUGUAUUUAAAUUUGAACAGCGCCACAGCGGACGGAACAAGAUUAGGGAUGAUGACCAAUUAUUUUUUCUUCGUUUAUCAGGUAGAUUAUCAAAAAGUAUUGGACACGUAUUUUUUCUUUUUUCACAUAUAUAAAUGUAUUGCUGAGAUAUAUUGAUUUGAAAAGUCGCAUGACGUCACGUUUGAGUACACUUUUAAGCGAAUAUUCACUAAAAAGUGACGUCACGAGCCCCUACUCCCGAACAUUAACGCGCUUUAACUUUGUCAUUUUUUAGUUGAUUGCCCAAAGAAAAAAUACGUGUCCAUUAUUUUUCGAUCAUCUAACUGACGGACUAAAUAGAAUUUCGUUUACUGUACCCCGUCAUCACCCCUAUUAUUAAAGCGUCCAUACAAAAAACUUCUUGAUAUUUGACGCGUAUCGUGAUCGAAUUUAACUAUUCGAAUUCGAUAAUGGUACGUGCUAAGGUUACCGUUAUGUUUUGUUAUUAAAGUGGACUUUUGGGCAGACUAGUUUAAGAUUAGUUAAAGAAAGUAAAUUAGAUGACACGAAAAUUACACUGAAAUGAACAAAAAGUAUUAUGUCUCAAAAUUUACAUUGUUUUGAUUAUUUGAAUAUAAUUAUUGAGUUAUUAUGUGCGAAUGAGUUAUUUAUUAAAAUUAGGUGAUAAUAUUGACAUUUCGAUAUUUUAUAACGAGAGAUUUAAUAGAAAUAAUUGUUUUGCGAUUAAUACUUUAAAGAUAAAUGCUAGUGAAGAAAUAAUUAUUGUACAUCCAAACUGCGAAUUUAACAAAUUUUUAAUCAGUUAUGAAAUAUUGAAACUUGAUAUUGAGUGAUUUUCAAAUUAUUAUGUAGAUAGAUACACGCGACAUAGCAACGUGUCGCUAUAUGUAGACUAUAUGCCUACUAUUUGUAAACAUCACUAUCACUCACAACAGUAUGUCCUUAUCAGCUUUGUAAGAAUUGAAAAGGACAGACUGAUGGCAAGUUUACGAAUAGCCAAGAGUAUUUUAGAACCAUUUAUCAAAAUUAAAUCUCUCGUUAUUAAUUAUUAUUACAGUAAGAACAGAAAGAUAAAGUUGUGUGUGAUAAUUUUAGGGACUAUUUGUAUUGCCCACCAAAAAAUACGCAUUUCUAAGCUCGAUUCGAUUAGAAAUUUUACUACGGCAUAUUCUACUCCCAUAUGGACAUAUGGUUAAAAAUGCCAUGAGAACAUUUUUGUUAUCGAAUAGGGAUGAUGAACUAUUUUUUUUUUUCGUUUAUCAGGUAGAUUAUCAAAAAGUAUUGGACACGUAUUUUUUCUUUUUUCACAUAAUAUAAACAUUGCAGAGAUAUAUUGAUUUGAAAAUUCGCAUGACGUCACGUUUGAGUACACUUUUAAGCGAAUAUUCACUAAAAAGUGACGUCACGAGCCCCUACUCCCAAACUUUGAUGCGCUAUAACUUUGUCAUUUUUUGGUUGAUUGCCCAUAAAAAAAAUACGUGUCCAUUAUUUUUUUAUCAUCUAACUGACGGACUUAAUAGACUUUCGUUUACUGUACCCCAUCAUCACCCCUAUUACUUUCAUGCUUUCGACAUAUGGAAAAACAAAACUUCACAAAGGACAUUUUGAUUUUUUUAUGUCUAAGUUAAAUGCAGUACGUUUUCUUUUGUCUAGACCACUUAAAUGACUUUGGAGACCCUAGGAGUAAGUCUACUCCAGACUGCAACGCAAAUUAAACCUUAGUGCCUUAACAUGAGAUUUCCCUACAUUAUUGACCAUUGUACGUCUCAAUAAUUAAGUGGCUCGUCGAAAGAAAGUAGUGCUAUAUUCAUAGAUCAUAUUGUGCAUAUACAUUUAUUUGUUUCGAAUAUCAUUGCAAUCAAAAUAAUAUGUGAUAUUUAAUAAAACUUUAAAAAGGAC